UCAAGAGGAGAGGACACACUCCAGUCCACACGGCUUCUGGGCAGAGAAACGGUGCCAUUGUCCUCCAGCUGAGGGCGGGCAGAGACAGGUCUGGUGCUCUGCUAAUUAGCCUGCGUGGGUCCCUGCAGAGAGAGAGACACAGCGGCAGCGCGGCUAGCUGCAGCACGGAGCUGUGAGAGACUGAGGGGGGGGCUUGUUGUAGCCAGACGUUUAUCUGACAAACUGAUGUUGGGUUUACUGAUGGGUGCCUUUAUCCGAUAGUCAUCCCUCCCCUCUACUCCCCCUACUCCCCCUACCCCCGUCGGACCCUGGCUCGGAUUCGCCAAUCGGGCGCUGUCCUCGCCGGGGGGUGCCGGAUCACCAUCGCCCGGUUCAGCUAACUCCAGGCGGCGGUUCGGUCCCCCUUGCCCUGCCUCGUCUGUCUGCCGCUCUGGCCGACCCUAGCCGAGCCCGAACAUGGCAGGGAACCUGAAGAAAGGCGGGGGGCUCAUCGGAAUGAUGAAGGAUGCCUUCCAGCCACACCAUCACCACCUCCACUCCCAUCACCAGCCCGGGGCCGUGGACAAAAAGACGGUGGAGAAAUGCUGGAAACUGAUGGACAAGGUGGUGCGCCUCUGCCAAAACCCCAAAUUGGCUCUAAAGAACAGCCCCCCUUACAUCCUGGACCUGCUGCCAGACACCUACCAGCACCUGCGUACCAUCUUGUCUCGCUAUGAGGGCAAAAUGGAGACUCUGGGGGACAACGAGUACUUCCGGGUGUUCAUGGAGAACCUAACCAAGAAGACCAAGCAGACCAUCAGCUUGUUUAAGGAGGGCAAGGAACGCAUGUACGAGGAGAACUCGCAACCCAGGCGUAACCUCACCAAGCUGUCACUGAUCUUCAGCCACAUGCUGGCUGAGCUGAAGGCCAUCUUCCCCAAUGGUCUGUUUCAGGGUGACAACUUCCGCAUCACCAAGGCAGAUGCUGCAGAGUUCUGGAGGCGUGCCUUUGGCGACAAGACCAUUGUGCCUUGGAAGGUGUUCCGUCAGUCUCUCCAUGAGUUUCAUCCCAUCAGCUCCGGACUGGAGGCAAUGGCCCUUAAGUCCACCAUAGAUCUCACCUGUAACGACUACAUCUCUGUCUUUGAGUUUGACAUCUUCACCAGGCUAUUCCAGCCUUGGUCGUCCCUGCUGCGGAACUGGAACAGCUUGGCAGUUACUCACCCGGGGUACAUGGCCUUCCUCACCUAUGAUGAGGUCAAAGCGCGGCUGCAGAAGUUCAUUCAUAAGCCUGGCAGUUACAUCUUCCGACUGAGCUGUACGCGGCUGGGCCAGUGGGCCAUCGGCUAUGUGACAGCAGAUGGAAACAUACUCCAGACCAUUCCCCACAAUAAACCCCUCUUUCAGGCCCUCAUCGAUGGCUUCAGGGAAGGAUUCUAUUUAUUCCCUGACGGCCGGACCCAAAACCCAGACCUGACAGGACUGUGUGAGCCUUCACCUCAAGACCACAUCAAAGUCACACAGGAGCAAUAUGAGCUGUACUGUGAGAUGGGCUCCACUUUCCAGCUGUGUAAGAUCUGUGCCGAGAAUGACAAGGAUGUGAAGAUUGAGCCCUGCGGUCAUCUCAUGUGCACCUCCUGUCUCACUGCCUGGCAGGAGUCAGAGGGUCAGGGAACGGGAUGUCCCUUCUGUCGCUGUGAGAUUAAGGGUACAGAGCCUAUAGUCGUGGAUCCUUUUGACCCCAAGGACAACAGCGGGGGCUCCUGCAGGGGCACGUUCGGCGCCGAGGGUGCUCCGUCACCAAGCUAUGAUGAUGAUGACGACGACAGACUUGAAGACCCCCACCUCAUGAUGAGCAAACUUGCCUGUUCAAAGGUGGAGCGCCCCCCGUCACCAAUGUCCAUGGCUCCUCAGUCCUCUCUUCCCCCUGUACCUCCAAGACUAGACCUUCUACCACACAGACCUCCCAACCCCCCUGGAGCCUCCAGCCCUGGGGUCACCACUAAGGCAGCAUCUCACCACAAAGACAAGCCUCUCCCCCUCCCCCCUGCACUGAGGGAUCUCCCCCCUCCUCCUCCUCCAGACCGCCCCCACGCAGCCGGGCCAGCCCCGGAUGGACGGUUGCAGAGAAGGCCUUUACCCUGCACUCCCGGGGAGCCCCUUCGAGAUAAGCUCCCUCCUGCACCGCCAAACCGGCCCCUUGCUGACUGGAACUCUCGACCAGUUCCCAAAGCCCCCACCUCCUCGUCCUUAUCCUCCUCCUCCUCAUCUUCCUCAUCCACCCAAGUCUCCAGUCUGGGACUGGACAUUCGAGCAGGUGUCAGAGAACUCUCCAACCGGCACUCCCUCCCCUUGGCGUUGCCCUCCAUGGACACACGCUCGGACUCACAGAAGAACAACAGCUCCCUCAGUCUGGACCACCAGCUGACUUUUGCAGCAGUAGCCAGUCAAGAUUACGACAACCCCAAAGUCAAGCCCUCAUCCUCAGCCAACGCCAUCUAUUCAAUGGCAAUUAGACCUUCUCCAGCCCCUAGGCCUGUGGCAGGAGAGGAGUCACGUGAUAGUGAGGAGGAGUCAGAAUACAUGAUCCCCUCCUCUCGCCCCAUCCUGCCUCCCAUCACGGCCCCACCUGUAGGGGAGACCCCACCGGUCCCCAGGCAUCCACAGCCUCUGUCAGCACUCCAAACACAGACCCAAGCCUCCACACUCAGCUCAAGACUCGCACUGGCUGAACUUGAGGAUGGACCCCAAAUGUAUGAAGCCAUGUACAACAUCCAGUCCAGGUCACAACAAGCCAGAGAUUCAGACUAUUCAGAGUUGCCCCCUCUGGCGAUGACCAAUGGUCCCAGAGAUCAUGCGGCCGAGGACAGGGAAGAGGAAGAAAAUGGCUACGACUUCCCGAAACCCCGGCUGCCAAUGCCCCCCGCCCGACGGACCCUUUCAGAACUGGGAGGGUCGUCUUCCUCAUCUUCAUCUUCCUCAUCAUGCUCAUCCUCCACAGCUGCGCUCAGCCGCCUUUCUAUAGAUUCAGAUGCUGGAGCUGCAGCAUCCUUCUCAGAGCCGGUAGAAGCACCAGAGAGACCUCCAAAGCCCCUGCCCAGACGAAUCAACUCAGAGCGUCGACCCAGCCCCGUCCCGCCCGUCCCUGCUCCACCUUGUAGUGGGGCAACAGGAGGAGAAGCCAACCCUCAAAUCAGUAGCGAGAUCGAGCACCUCAUGAGUCAGGGAUACUCUUACCAGGACAUCCAGAAAGCACUGAUGAUUGCACAGAACAAUAUCGAAAUGGCCAAGAAUAUCCUACGUGAGUUUGUCUCUAUUCCCUCCACCGCGCAUGUUCUUACAUAGCACACUCCUUGUGUCUCUCUCGUGUUUGCUCUCUCGCCCUAGCUUGGCCCAGCCUGGUUGGGUUUAGGUUGGCCCGGGCCAGCCCAAAGCCCAAAAGCUCAUUGCCUGCAGCACUACCUCCGGUGCUGGUCGACGCCCUACGCCCCUGUGGAUUUUUAACUGGCUGUUACUCCAGCGAGCUCACGACAUCUCUGGGACUCCGCGCCCUGCACUCCAUGGGCUUUCAGCAGUGUCUGGCCUUCUUUAAACUGCUACAGCAGGCCUCUUCGUUAUAAAGGACAUCUCCGCAGGACUGACUCGGCGCAUGCGGAACAGUGACGGGACGCUACGUGACGGCAAGACUUUUUGUAGGAAUCCUGGGAAGACCGAUUCUUCUCUUUCAUGUCGAAGCCUCUUGCUGAAAAUGUAACCAACACCUCACAAAUAAAACUAAAAAUGUAUGUCUAUAUGAAAAUUUAAUAUAUGAGUAAAUAUAUAUUAAAUGUGUGUAAUAUAUACAGUACGUGCAUAUACAGUGUGUAAAAAUGACUUCAGCUUUGAGGAUUGCUGUUGGUACAAGCGAUAUGGGUAGACGGGGACCAGAUUAAAGGGGGGGGUUUGGCCCCUUUCUGGUGGACUGAGGGGUGUGAGAGUGUGGAGAAACACAUGCUAGGAAGAGGAGGAGUCGGGGUAUCUUCCUCCAUUAGGAUGUGUUGGUCGGCAGCAGCUUAGAAGACGUGCAGCAGAGCUUUUUCAUGAUGAAUUCAGUCUUUUAUGGCCUUUGAUUAACAAUGUUGCUUUGGUACUUUUUUUCAGAAAAACAUGCUUGUUUUGUCGUGUUGUAUUUUUCAAAGUAGCAUGACGAUGGUUUCAGGUCUGAUCUGUUUGUCUGGCAGUGUUUCUGUGUCUUUUGUGUGUGUAUGUUUUUGUGUGUUUAUGUAUGUAUGUGAGCGUGCGUGUGUGCGUGUGUCUGCCAGACUCUACUCCUCAUGACCUGCUCUUAAACGAACCCCUAUUCCUGUACAACAUGAAUGUGGAAUUACAGACAGUAUACUCAGACUCGUGCUCUGGAAACGUACUACUGCUCUAACUCAUAUGGCAGGGCCUAGUGUAGCUGUAGAGCCUGGCAGUGAGAUUAUUAGAGGACGUGCUAAUGUUGACGACCCUGCAGUACCAGACAGGCAAGUGUUGUGCGAUCCGUGGUGGCUGAAACGUUUUCGUUCUGUCUUCGUCUAACUUCAUUGGCUGGCUGGUUCGGAUUUCUGUCUCCAGCUCAGUCCAGUGUUAUGAAACAAAAAAAUGUCAUUGAUUUACUUUGGUAAUAUAUUAUUGUAAUAUGAUCAUAAAUAUUGUUAUUAUAAUUAAUUCAGAAGUGCUUCACUGCUGCUACUAUUGUUAGUGCUAAACAAUUACGCCUUAAAUGUACAUUUGUGAAUAUUGUGUUUAACCGUCAUCCUGUUUCUUUAAAGUGACAGUAUCACCUGUUUCUCCAGUCCGUGAUGUAGCAUACUUGAAAGUACAAGCGGCUUGUGAGCCUGCAGCUCUCUCAAGCUGCCGACUCUUCAGUGUUUUAAACCUUUUUUUUUUUUAAAUAUAUUCUCUGAUUCUCUACAGGUAGACUCUGUCUGUCUACAGCAACAGUAAUAAAGCAAACAAAAUGCUUUCGGUAUGGAAACCAGCCAUUUUGUAUUGGAGUCAGGCUUCUCUUUCACAUCAAUUCCCUUCUUGCGGCAGUUCAACCCGCUAAAAGGGAGUGAUUGCUGAUCCUUUUUUUUUUAAGUAGGCUCAUGGGUUUGCUGGCCCACCCCCAAGUCUACAUUAGAAUCAGUAUUUGGGCCAACUGUAAGAACUAACUCAGGAAUAAUGUUUAACUAAACGAGUGGCGUUCACCCUGGCUGUCAAAACCCAGAGGAGACUCAUUGGCACAGACAGCUCACCUGCUGUCUGUUUAUCCAGGUGACAUGUAGCCAAAACUAUCCGCUUAAUGAAGUCACACAAGUAGCCUAUUACCUUUUUUUCUUUUCUUCAUAUUUUAACUUGCACAUUUUUUGUAUUAUUUCCGAUGUUGGCAGGACUAGAGACAGCAGCUUCAUUUCCAGGUACUAUGAAUGAAUAAGAUAAAUAAAAGUUUUGAGGUACAUUGACAUGAACUUCUCCCAGCAUAUGAAGAAGAAUGUUUUUUUUUUUUUUUUUUUGGGAGGGUUAAUCAUGUCAAUAGCCCUGGCUUAUUCUGGGUAAUUCUGUCUGUUGACUGGAAGCUAUCUCCACGCUGUCUGGCCAUCCUCUAGUUCUUUUUUUUUUUUUCUGUUCCUAGUUGCCUUGAGAAACUUCUUGAAUGAUGUGUAAUGGACGGGGAGGUCCCCAAUCCUCAAUACUGUACCAAUGUUUUGUUGAUGUUUUGAGGACAGCAUGUCAUUUUAUUAUUUACCUUUUUUUUUAUUAUUUUAGUUUUUGCACAGUAUACCAAUUUGUGCUUUGAUACUGUCACUCUAAAGAAAAGCUAAUUGUAUAAAGUUAGUGAUACGAAAAGAAAAAAAAUGGCUGUUUUAUUUUCAUUUUGCAUUCCUGUACUUGUAUUUUGUUCCAAAGGUUUUGUUUACUUGUGUGAAUAAUUCUGUGAGCAGUGCCAUAUGUUAAAAGAUCCUCACCAUGUUUAGAAUAAGGCCUUGUUUUUGAAGAGCGUUUGUAGGUAUUGAGCUGUACCUGUUGAUCUCUGAAGGCAAGAUUGUGCAGUAUUUGCUUGUAUUAAUCUGUCUUCUCUUCCUUGUCGGCCGCAUCAGGCCUCCUCUAUGAGCACAAGUGCUGAUCUGUUAAAGGUCUCGAGAUAAACCAGGUCCUAGAUCAGUGCUCAGCCUCAGAGAUGCUGGAUGCAGACCAGGCCCCCCUGUUACCCUCAGUCCCCGUGUUGGGGUACUUCAACUUUCUGCCAGAAGAGGGAGCUGUUGUUCCAUGUAGCCGUGUCGCUUCUCGUCAGUAAAAGGCAUUCAUUAACUUUUUGAUGGUUUUUAAAGCUCAUAUCACUUUGGAAGUAUGCACAGUGCUGUUAAUAAAAAUGAUAAGCAAAAGCCA